AAGGACCAACAGGCAGGACCUGGGAGGGCCGUCUGCACCAGCUGCGGGACGGAGGAGGAGGCCACUCCUUGAGAAAAGAGCCGGUGAGACCAACAAGGAGGUGCAAGCCAUAGGCCAGAGAGCAGGAGGCAAGAGAAGGCCCUGGGGAGAGGGCAUGGCCUCGGUCGGCCUGCAGCUUGUGGGCUACCUGCUGGGCCUGCUGGGCCUACUGGGGGCCUUGGUGGCCAUGCUGCUGCCCACCUGGCGGACCGGCUCCUACAUUGGCUCCAGCAUCGUCACGGCGGUGGGCUUCUCCAAAGGCCUGUGGAUGGAGUGCGCCUCCUACAGCACGGGCAUCACCCAGUGCGACGUCUACAGCUCCCUGCUGGGCCUGCCCACCGACCUGCAGGUGGCCCAGGCGCUCAUGUCCACGUCCGUGGCGGUCUCCCUGCUGGCCUCGGCCAUCUGCGUGGUGGGCAUGAGGUGCACCAUCUUCUCCCAGGGCUCCCCGGCCAAGGACAGGGUGGCUGUGAUUGGGGGGGCGGCCUUCAUCCUGGGGGGGCUGCUCUGCUUCAUCCCCGUCGUGUGGAACCUCCACGCGGUGCUGCGUGACUUCUACGACCCCGUCGUCCCAGACAGCAUGAAGUUUGAGAUUGGGGACGCCUUGUACCUGGGCAUAUUCUCCUCCCUGGUCUCCCUCAUCGGGGGCUUCAUCCUUUGUGCCUCCUGCCCACCCCGGGACCCACAAGCCACCUACUACAGCCCGUACCACACUCGAGCUGCGAUGAGCAGGAGUCCCCCAGCAGCUGCUCCCUCUCCAAAGACUAAGACCGAGUUCAGCGCUUACAACCUGACCGGCUACGUGUAACGGCUGGUGGACUCUGCAAGGCUGCCCGGGGAUACCUGUGCAGUGACUCCAGGCUCACUUGGAUGCACUGAGCAGGUAAGGAGGCAGGGCAGCUUCUUCUCUUCCCCUGCCCCUCAUUCUUUGACCUCGACACCGCUUGCCGCUCAAGCCCCCGCCCCCGUUUCUCCCGAACCUGCCAAUGACGCCUUGGCGUGGCCUCCUUCGCCACCCACCUGAGGGCUGCAGCAGCCUCCUUGAGGACCUCAGAGCUGAAUCUGUUCCGAUGAAAGCCUUCCCACCUGCUGAAGGACCCAGCAAGGCGCUCGCGGACCACCUCUCCAAGACAUCAAGUUGUUGGUCGUCAGUGUGGAGAUAAGAUACCGGCUGGCCAAGUCCCAGGGGUCACCUUCGUAUGCACGUGGGCGUGGGUCUGCGGGGCCCCUGCGUGUCCCCAACACAAGACAUUGAGUGGGGGUGGGUGGCACUGAAAAAGAGGGAGACUGGGGGGGGUGCAUGGGAUGACGGACAGAACUGUGACUCUGGGAGGGAGAGGCCUGCAGGGAUCCAGUCAGGGGGAAGGAAAGAGAAGAGCUGGGCUCCUGGCCUCUGCGAAAGCCCACGAAAAACACCGCAGGUCUGAUGGCGCAGCAGAAAACCCAGCCCCAGAGUACAUGCUGGGGGAUCAGCAAGGUGGCCUCUCCUCAGAUGGACACUCACAGCACUUGGCAGACACUACUCCCCCACACCGCUGUUAGCUGGCUGUGGUGGGACCCCAGGAGGCUUCCCCUGUGGCACAGGCCCAAGAGGAGAAGGGGGCCACGCAGCCCAGUCCGUCCAGCCCCUGCUCAGGCCUCUGGCUUUGAAGAGCCGCACCUCUUGCCCGUGGGCGGGGAGAGGGAACACACUGACCUUGGCAGAUGGAACGACUUCAAAACAAACAGCUAGGAGGGGCAGUUCUGCUGUGGAGCCCUGGGAAGAGCCCCUCUUGGGCGCGUUCAAAGGGACGUUGACGGCAGCAGGUCUAACGGCACCCACCCGUGAGGCCCAGGGCAGCAAAGCGGGACAGCAGCGAGGACGAAGGCCAAAGAUAGAAGCCAACAGCCCUGGGUGCAGGGGAGAGUCCAGAACUGAGCAGCCCCACCCCACCCCACCCCCGGCCAAGUCCGUCUGUCCAAGCCUGGCAGUAGCUCUUGCUGAACUCAGCAUCACGGAACCGAAAGCUGCUGCACCACAGACCCUCUGAAGUCUCCAGACCUUCCCAAAGACCAGGUUCAGGGAGAAAGAAAUGCAAGGAUGAGGCCAGCCGGCUGUCGAAGCUUCUCAAGGCUGUAAUAUUUCCCUCCCCUGCUGUCAUUGCUGCCUCUUGGCACUGAAGGGGGGGGGGGGGUCCUAGGCUGGCCAGGUGCCCUCUUUGACAGAGGACAGACUUCUAUUUGAAAGGCAGCCAGAGGAGUGUCCUCUAUUGCAGCCCUGCCAGGGGGGGUGGAGGAAAGGAAGAAAUUUGCCAUGGGCCCUUGCAUAGCUGGGGGGGGGGGGGCGGCGACAAGCAUUUAUUAUGUGUGGGCAUGUGUGACAGCCCCCCCAAUUCCAUUGCUCUGGGUCCCCAAAUUCGUCUGGGUGGCACUGAUUGGGAGGGCCGCCCAGUCCAAGUUCAGUUUCAAGGUAAAGGACCCUCAGCAGGGAGAGCCCAGCAGGGGCCAGCGUGUUGCCCAACCGUGGUAUUAGCAGCACCUGGGCAGCAGAUGGAGCAAGGCCCACGGGUCACAGCCUUGCUCACUAUGGGGAAACGUACUGCUUUCCUGUUGAAAUUAUACCCAUUAUUAUUCCUACAUUUGCACCUACACCUAUAAAUUGGAAAAUGCACCUUUUAUGCCAAUCAGUGUAUACUCCUUUGGCGAUCCAUAAAUGGCCACCUAGAGCUACCUGAGUUUCUUGCUGCUGCUGCUGCUUGUCUAUUUGCUUCUAACAGGAAAAGGUUUUGAGAGGUGGUGAUGGAGGAGGCAGAGGGAGAUAGAUGAACAACCAUCCCAAGGAGGUUUCCAUCACUGUUGGGCAGGGAGUCUUGCUAAACAGGUUAGCAAGAAGGUUCUCUCUCUCUCUCUCUCUCUCUCUGCCCUAGGGAACAGGAGAGGUACAGCUAUGCCAGGAGAAAUCCCCCAAAUCUAUACACGCUGAUGCUUAGGCAUAAGAAGCCUUUGACACACCCUGGUUAAUCAGACCAAAUGACUUUGUGCUGUCUAGCCAGCUACAGGCGCCUGGACACAAACAGCACAUGGAUGUGGUAGUCCAAGAGCCUCAUUUGCUGCUGUCCCAAAUACAGAAGUGUAGCGGCCCUAUAUUUUGGCCCAGAGCCAUUCCAGGGAAAUUGAUAUUUCCCCAGGCCUCCUUAUAAUAAAAUUGGUUUUUACAGGGGUGGGCGUGGAUGUUUUUAAGCAGUUGUAAGCCACUCUGAGCCAUAAGAACAUAAGAAGAGCCCUGAUGCUGAAUCAGACCAAGGGCCCAUCUAGUCCAGCACUCUGUUCACACAGUGGCCAAGCAGCCAACAGCCAGGGAUGAGCAAGCAGCACUUGUUUGAGAAUCCUUGGGUAAUAAGCACAGUAAAGGGUUUUCUAGAAGAGGUGCUGAGUGUAUGCUCAUCACUCCCUACUCAGGUUGUUUGUGGGUUCUUCAGAUGGCAUGAUGACCACCCCUCCCCCCCAGGUUUGCUUCUGUGUCUAAAGAGCACUUUUGUUUUUUUUUGUUUUUUUUGUUUUUUUAAGAGCAGGGAAAGUGUGGCAAUUAAUUGUGAAAGUGAAAGAAAGCUGUAUUUCUUCUUGUGUAUUUGUGCUAUGCCGCUAUACCACAGUGCCACCUAGAGGUUAUGGAAUGUAAACAGCUAAACGCAAUUUAAAUAAACAAUGUUUUUCCUAAUAGAACUGUUCUAAACAGUAGACACAGAUGCUUCAUCAUAUACCAUUAAAUGCCAUGCCUAGUCAUAUGUGCUGUGAUGUGACUGAUGCUGAGACUCACCACUCAGUGUAGCCAGCAAUGCUCCAUGUUCUGGCGCCCGCAGGGAAAAGCCCUCAAUUGCCAGUGUAGACAAACAUACUCUUUUACUAAAGUUUGUCCUGGAGCAACGCAGACUUAGGAGUUUCUCCUGUCCCACCUCUUCCUUGGACAGCUUCGUCGUUCCAAGUGAAACGGCCUAAGAGGUCAUCCGAAAAGUGGCCAGUAAACUUGCAGCCCCAUCUUCUGUGCCCUGUUUCAUUUCAUUUAGCCAGUGAAUGAUUGGAAGAGAAUCAUCUGCUUUCAUAGCCUCAGCCUCAUGGGCAAAUGAUGCACUCUGGCCUCCUUGAGCUUGGUCACCUCUUGCGAUCCCCCUGCUGCCCAGGCGAUCACUCACUUCCUUCCAGCCUCAUCCAGUUUGACAUGGAUACAUUCACAACCAUCCCCAUCUUCAUCAAUGCAUUGAUUUCCAAAGAAGCAGGAGCUAUGAUAUGUAGGGUGACCAACUGUCAGGAUUUCCCCGGAUUUGUCCUGGUUUUUGUUCUUUCCAUGGUGUCAGGGGGGGAUUUUCUAUAAUUUUCAAUAAUGUCCUG